AAGAGGCGCACGAUACUCCCAACCACAGCAGAUCAUUUCUUGAUUGUCUUUUGGGUGUUUCUGCUUCGUCUCUCGCUUCGCACCUCCCUUCAAAAUCUCAAAAACCACUCACUCUCUCUCUCUCUCCCGAUCACGCCGAGAGAACCAAACCAAACCGAACUCCUCCGCCGUCUCUCUCUCUCCGUCGCCUCGUCCGGCUACGACGCCCUCCCACCGAAGCAGCUCCUCAAUCGCCGCAAUCAAUCCCUAACCGACACAAACUUCCCUCUUUAGCUCCUCUUUUCAACCUCUGCCGGAAUCCGUUAGUUUGGUUCUGAUCAACCUCUCGCAGAUUAGAGGGGCAGGGGCUGUAAGUGAGGAUGAAUCUACAACAACCUGGGCAGCCCAAGUCCUCCAAUGGAUACAGCCGCCGGAAAUCUGAAAGAGAAGGGACAAUUAAAUCUGAGAAUAAAAUCCCGUCUGGCAAAUUAAAUACCAGCAGAUUAACAAAUACAGGUGCAGUGACUGGCAGUAAAGGUGGCAAUUACGAUAAUCCUUCACAUGAUCGAUUAGUAUAUGUAACAACAUGUCUUAUUGGGCACCAGGUGGAAGUCCACUUGAAAAAUGGAUCCACGUACACUGGAAUCUUUCAUGCGACAAACACAGAAAAAGAUUUUGGAAUCGUUUUGAAAAUGGCUCGCUUAACAAAAGAUGGUUUGUCACGAGGACAGAAAUCUGGUGCAGAAUUCGUCAGCAAGCCCCCUAUGAAGAUUUUAAUUAUACCUGCCAAAGACCUUGUCCAAGUUAUAGCACAGGAUGUUGCUAUUGCCAGGGAUGGUUUACCUAAUGAAUCUCACCAGGAUAUGCAUCAGGAAAUCAUGGUUGAUUCAUUGAUAUCUCAAUCUCGUCAUGUUGAGCUAGGGAGAGAAUUAAAACCCUGGGUACCUGAUGAAGAUGAUCCACAAUGCCCAGAACUGGAAAACAUAUUUGAUGGCCAUUGGAAUAGAGGAUGGGAUCAAUUUGAAACAAAUGAGGCAUUGUUUGGUGUGAAAAGCACAUUCAAUGAGGAACUUUAUACAACAAAGCUUGAAAAAGGGCCUCAGACAAGAGAAUUGGAAAAACAAGCUUUAAGAAUAGCAAGAGAAAUUGAGGGUGAGGAAACCCAAGAUCUUCAUCUUGCGGAGGAAAGAGGCUUUCACUUGCAUGAAGACUUUGAUAUUGAUGAAGAAACUAGAUUCUCUUCAGUUUAUAGGGGCAAACGUGCUGAUGACAGUGGAUUUGAUGAGGAUGUACUGUUUGAAACCCACAGUUCUGAUACUUUUGGUGGUGUAUUUGGUUCGGUUGUUAAGAGGUCUAGUGAAAUAACUGGUGGAAAAGGAAAUGAUGGAGCUCGAACAUUGGUAAAUUCCUCUGUGGAUCACACGCAAUCAUCUCAGUCAAGUACUAGUGUGGAUUUAAGCCGCUCUGGUUCUUAUGAUCAUGCUAAGCAGUUAGCAUCUGAACUCCCUGCCAUAAGCUAUUCAUCGGUGGAUGGGGAAAGCAGGAUUCUGGAGAACUCAAUUAGUAAUCAACAUGGAGACAAUGAUACUAAGGAAGCAAGUGUGAUUCAAGCUGAGGAUGUUCAACUGUCAAAAUCUGAGGAUUCACAGGGAGCACUCUACUUGAAGAAGGAUGGCACUGAUAAAGGGGUAUUAUCUCCGAAUGCUAGCUCCUAUGCCCCUUCAAUUCAUACUUCAUUAAAAGCUCAUGAAAAGAUGGGAUCACAUGGAGAUUUAAUUGAGGGUUCAGCAACUGGCAAGGUUAAUGGGGAAACAAAAUCGGUAAAUUCACGUGGGACCCCAUAUGUGUCAGAUUCAGUUGGAGUCCCUGUAGCAUCUUCUGGUCCUGGCUUAUCUCCAAGUUCAUCAGUUGGUUCACUGUCUUCUGAAAAAUCAACUCUGAAUCCCAAUGCAAAGGAAUUCAAGCUUAACCCUAAUGCAAAGAGUUUUAUUCCAUCACCUGCUCGGCCUCCCACUCCACCGUCCGAUGGUUCCUUCUAUUUUCCAACUAAUGUAACUACUGUACCAAGUAUGCCAGGCAUGCCCAUGGGUAUUGGAAUUGGACCUACUUUUGCUGGUCCACAACCUAUGGUGUAUAAUCCUCAGGUAGCACCAAUGCCGUCUCAAGCAUAUUUUCAUCCGAAUGCACCACAGUAUGGACAGCUCCUUGGUCAUCCUAGGCAAGCUAUAUAUAUGCCGGGUUACCUGCCCGAAAUGCCAUACAAGGGACGGGACUAUUGACGACUUGGCUAUUAGCAUUCUUGUUGGCAAGUCAAAUCCUUGCUUGAAAAGAAUAAACAAAGUGGUUGUCCUGAAAAGUUUUAAACGAGGAUAUCUGCAGCUGAUGCGAAAUCUCUAAAGGCAUAUGUUAUGUUGUUUGCCAAGUUUGCUAAUUCUGGGAGAUAAUUUUAUGACCUUGUUUUAACCCAUGCAUAUACAUCUUUUGGGGUUUAUCAGGCUUUGGUUGUGUAAUAGAUUAUCUCAGAUUGACCUUUCCCAUCCUUUUUUUUCCCUCUUUAAAUUCAAAGUUUACUUCUUUUAACCUCAA